UUGAUGACCUUAUAGAAAAAUUAAAAACCACCUCCGUGAGUCCCACCAACACCGCAGACACAACCACAACAAUAUUAAGCGAAAUAUCUGCCACAAAAGAUCCAAAACUCUUCGAUAAACAUGAACUUGCUGAAUUCUUCCUCAGACUCGCAAAAUCUGAUGAUAAAAAUAUUCGGAAAGAGGCUGCCAAAUGUAUUGCCGAGAUAACAAAGUCUGAAGUGCAACGUAAGAAGUUUACGACACGCGAAGUUAUAGAAGAGUUCAUAAAUUGCCUAAAGAAUUUACCAGAUGCCGAUAAUAUGGAAUUACCCAUACAAAUUUGUCGCGCUCUGGGUAAUAUAUGUUAUUUGAACGAUGAGGCAAGAGAUAUUAUAUUGGCACUUAAAGGCGAUGAGGUAUUAUUGAAACUCUUGGACAUCACAAAUGUAACUGAUAAAGAAAAUGCGUUACAAUUCAUAAAAGUACGUGGAGGUCUAUUAUCAAAUUAUCUACUUGGCGGCGAGGGUUUGGCCAAACGUGCUAUGGAGCUUAAAAUAAUGGAAAAAUUGCAAAAUAUUAUAACAAUUGGUGUGUCUAAUGUGGAGGAGCAUGAAGAUUUAUUAUUAAAUACAUUGCCACUGCUAAGCAUACUCACUGAAAAUGUUGCCGAUUUGAAUUUUGAUGCGAAUCUCAAUAUUCAAUUAUCGCGAAUCUUAGCUGCUUCUAAAAAUCCAGAUUUAGCUGAAAUGUGCCUUGAACUUUUGCAUUAUCAGGCGGAAAAUGAUGAUGUGAAAUUAUUGCUUGCAAAGGACGGUCUUUGUGAGACUAUUUACAAUCUCUUGGAGAAAUAUAAAACGCUUGCAAGUACCAAUGAAGCCCGUGCUCUUAUGAAACUGGCUUGUGAAUUAAUUGUACUUAUACUCACUGGCGAUGAGUCAAUGCAUUUUCUUUACUCAACAACUUUACUUAAAAAUAUGGAAGAUUGGUUGGACUCCAGUGAUAUUGAUUUGCUAACAACAGGUGUAUUGGCUUUGGGAAAUUUCGCACGUACAGAUAGUCAUUGCAUAUAUAUGGUAGAGAAUAAAAUAAUGAAUAAAUUGUUGGAAGUUCUGUCGAAGAAUAAUGGCGUGAAAGAUGAUGUGCGCCUCCAACAUGCCUUGUUGAGUGCUUUACGUAAUUUAGUUAUACCGAAGCCAAAUAAAGGAGCCGUUAUACAAGCUGGACUUGUUCAGACUAUUUUGCCUAUGUUGGAAAUUCAUCAACCACCUGUAGUCUUCAAACUACUGGGUACAUUACGAAUGACAGUAGAUGGACAAGAAAAACUUGCUUUGGAGCUGUUGAAAAAUAAAACUCUUAUUGAACAAUUGGUCCAUUGGAGUAAAUCUUCUGAUUACGCAGGCGUAACUGGUGAAUCACUGCGUUUAAUGGCGUGGCUAAUUAAACAUGCAUAUUUAACAAAAAUCGCUUACAUACUGCCACGUAAAGGUGAUGUGCCUACGGAGCAACUAGCAGAGAAGCUUCCACCGCUAGACUAUGAUCGUAGUAGUUUAAAAGAGUUUAUUGCGAUCGAUGGUUCGAUUGAAGCAAUGGUUGGCAUGUUAACAUCACAGCACUUAGUAAUGCAAAAUGAAGCAUUGAUUGCCUUAUGUAUUUUAUGUGUGGUUUAUUUAAAUAAUGCUGCAGCGUCUGCAGAAGAUGCAGUUAAUCUACAAGACGCAUUUGUAAAAUAUGAAGUUGGAAAGAAAUUAUCAGAAUUAAUAAAGAAAUCCUCAGAUACAAUGACAAAAGAAAUUGUAGAAAAUUUACAGAACUUUACAAAUUUGUUAAAAUCAUCCGAGAAGUUAGUGGUGCAUCUGGAGCAGCAUAAUAUAAAUGAGCUAUUAAAAUCGAUACCGAUAUUAGUAGAAUAUUGCACACUUUAAGAAUAAGUUGAUGUGUUGUGAAAGUUUGAGCAAAAGAAAAAAAGCAAAAGUUAUGGAAAUCGUUAGUAAUAUUAUUGCAAAUAAAAUUUUGCACAUUGUUAAUGCUAAGAAUGCAAUAUAAAUUCACCUGCAGAUUUGUAAAAUAAGAAGUACUUUUCAAAAUUAUAAGUUUAGAUUUGUCGAAAAUGUGUAAAAAAGGUUUAGGGAAAAUAUCAAGAA